CUUGGGACGUUUGGCGAGGCAACCACCAUGGAUGCCGUUGCCACGGCUGAGAGCGAGAGGAGACGGAUAACAACCAACGGUCACCUUGUCCUUUGUUCACGACCCACUGGCCUGCCCAGCAGCAGGUCUUCUUCUUGGUCUCCUCUGCUCACAUCUGGCCGCGUCCGAAGACCCACACCCUCGCCACAAGUCUCCGCUUCCAGCUCCAGCCCCGCCCCCUUCUUCUCCCCUCGCCGUGCGCGCUCCAGCUCCACGCUCCUAGCCGAGCCACGCCUCCACCCGGAGAGAUCCACCCACCAGCUGAGCUAAGCCAGCGCCAGCGCCAGCCAUGGUCUUCUGGGAGCGCGACUGGUGGCGCAAGUGGUGGGAGAAGCGCCGGGGGGACUGCUCCGACUGCGAGUGCAGCUGGACCACGGCCAUCGUCUGCCUGGUCAUCCUGGCCGUGCUCGGGGGUGCCCUCGCCCUCCUCAUCCUCGCCUUCGCCGUCGUCAAACCGCCCACGGCCAGCGCCGACGACGCCCUCCUCACACGCUUCGACCUCGCCCCGGCCCCCAACUCCACGUCCACGGCGAGGCCGCCGCUCCAGCUCCUAUCCUACAACGCCACGGUCACCGUCUCCCUGCGCAACCCCAACCUGCACUACGGCAUCACCUUCGGGGCCGUGGCCGCGGCCUUCUCCUUCAACGGCACCCGCUUCGACGAGUCGGGCACCGUGCCGACCCUCGACCUCGGCGCACGGAAGGAGACCACGGUGCGCCUCAGGGUCGGCGCCGUCGGCCGCGCCCUGCCCAAGCUGCCGGCGGCCGGCGCGGCGGAGUUCGCCAAGCAGAAGGACGCCGGCGUGUUCGACGUGGAGGUGCGGCUGGACACGGUGAUGCAGUACAAGGGGCGCAAGGCCAAGUGCCCCCUGGGGAUCGUCUGCCCGCUCCGGCUGCAGCUCGUCGACCCGGACGUCGCCGCCACCGCCUUCCAGAAGACCAAGUGCACCAUCCUCAGGGCCAAGAUCUCCGGCUGCUAGCCCUCCCGCCCGCCGUUGCCACCACUUGAUUUGGUUUGGUUUCAUUUCCAAUUGUAAAAAUCGGUUCUUGCUCUGUGUUCUUCAUCAGUACUAGUAGUGGAGAACAAGCAUCGAUGUCUCUUCUAGUGUCACCCAAAGAAGGAAUUUCCGUCCCCUAGCUGGUGUAACUGUUGGUAGAUUAGAGAGAGGUUGCAGAACUAAUACUGCAGAACAAGCAAUAUUUCUAUUCA